AUGGCGUCUGAAAGAAAAGGUGUCACAUUCAAUGGUGAAACCUUCUCGGUUCCCGAAACCCAUGACAUGGUUAAAACCCUCUUCGAUCCGACAGUCCACAAAUCAAUUUGUGAAACAGUCAUCAUUAUCCUCUUGAUUGCAAACUCAUUAGUGUUCUACUUUGUUUCUGACAACAGUACCCGGAUUCAGAUAUUUGUGGCCAUGUAUGUUUUCUGGAGACUUUCUUAUAAUUUCGGGAUUGGCUUCUUGUUGAAUCAGCAAUCCAAUAAGUUUCGUUUGGUGGAGAUCAGCAAGAGAUUGGGCUUAUUCUCCAAGCAACCAACGUCUGUAUUGGCUAAUUUUGCUCAAACCGAGGUAAAAUCGCAGAUGGGAUCCAACUAUAACAUUUACGAACAUCCAAUUGAUUUCAACACUUGGUUGAUUUUCAGAAAGGUGGUCGAUUUGAUCUUGAUGCAAGAUUUCACAACCUUUGUUUGUCUUUUCGUGGCUUGUGCAAUUGAUAACGACAAUCAAUUCUUGCACGGUCAACCAUCCUGGUUGACUGCUUUGCGAAUGAUUACUGGAAUCACAUUCAUCGUUUUCAACUUCUGGGUGAAAGUUAAUGCCCACAAUACUAUCAAGGAUUAUGCUUGGUAUUGGGGCGACUUUUUCUUCAGACAGAUUAACAAUGAGGAUUUGAUCUUUGAUGGUGUUUUUGAGAUGUUCCCCCAUCCUAUGUAUUCGGUGGGAUACAUUGGCUACUACGGUUUUGCUUUAAUUGCGAAAUCGUACACUGUGCUUAUAGUUGCAGUUUUUGGCCAUUUCUUGCAAAUGGUGUUCUUGCACUUCAUCGAGAACCCUCAUAUUGACAAGAUUUAUGGCCCAUCUGCCAACGAGACGAGUCUCGCUCAACUUUUCAAACUCAAGGAUUUGUCAAACUUUGAGAAUGCAAAACCUUUGGUUGGAUUUGUUAAUUUCAACGUUUUAAGGGCUAGUGAUGUCAUGAACUUGGUUAACUGCGUGACCUAUGCUGUUGUUAUUCCACUCUUCGCAUCCUUUUCUGUUACUAAUGUUGGUGCAGUUGGUAAGGUAUUAUUCUAUCUCACUGUGGUUAUCAAGUCAUUGGAGUGCCUUUCCAUUAACGCUGUCCUUAUCUUGCAGAGCUACAAUAAGAUCUUCACCAAAUGGUAUCUUGCAAACAACAUGCCGGUCGAGAAAGCCUUGAACAAUUUUGCUAUUUUAUUCAAUUCUGUGAUUAACUUGUCGUAUGCUGCCUUCAUCGGAAUGAAUUUCUUUAAACUUCUCACCCUGAUGAAGUAUCAAGACUUGUUGCUUACCGAUUACUUGUAUUUGCGGUUGUUUUUGGGAGUCCUCCUCGUGUUGACACAAAUCUGGAUCAAUGUUUCGAUUAUUGAUCUGAUUGGUUACUUCGGUUGGUUUUAUGGUGACUUCUUUAUUCCAAAGUCUUCUUUUAUGCCCCAAAGAACGCACUUGACUAAGGCUGGUGUCUACCGCUACUUGAAUAACCCUGAGCAGGUUUUCGGAGUAUGUGGCAUCAUGGGCGUUACAUUGAUGUUGCCUACCUUUGACAACAUCGUUAUAUGUGUCCUUUGGGUCAUGAACAAUUUUUUCAGAAUCAAUUUCGUUGAAAAGAACCAUAUGAUUAAAAUCUACGGUGAACAGGAAGUCUUACAAGAUAGUGGAGUUACCAAGACAGUUAAGAAACAUUUGUUACCUGGAAGCAUCCAGAAGAGGUUUGACUCGCAAGACUCACCAAAAAAGAGACGUACCAGUUCAAUGUUCAUGGACUCAUUUGACUCUUUUGUCAAGGAGUUACGUUCUAGUGGAAACUUUUCCUCAGGCAACAGUGUCUCCAAGGAAACAUUGGUUGAGUUAUCUCAAAACAAGCACUUUACUGGCACUGAAUAUAAUUUAUCUAUUUCAGGAUUGAAGCAGGGUGAAGAGCCAAUUCCGUUUGCGUACGUUGGUGAUGACCUUGAAGUUUCAUUCUCGGCACCUGUUGGACACUCUGCGAAGGAUUGGAUUGGAUUAUACAAGAUCACUCAUACGUCUUACUCUCGUUACAGAACGUUAAUCUCAUCGAACAAUCGUUGGGAUUGGACUGGCCCAGAAGAAACUGGCAGGGUUCACUUUUCCCAUGAACGUCUUUUCUGGGAAGAAGGUCUUUAUGAGUUUAGGUAUCAUCUUGAUGGCAAGCACGAUGUAACAUUCAUUUCCGAGCCAUUUGAACUCAAAUAUCACAUCAUCAAUGUUCCUUUGAAUGCGCUGAAAGCAAAAGAACUUGCUGAUUCUUUGAGGACCAACAUCUUCGACCAUGUGGUUGGUGGUAUCUCGGACAAUACCACACCGAUUUACAACGGUAUCUCCAAGUCCAACAAUGUUGUGGAAACAUACACUAGAAUUGCAAGACUCAUCUCCAAGUCGACUGGCAUCAAUGUCAACAAACGGUUCUUGAUCUACAACGACAACGAGUCUCGCAACACCUUCACCAUUCAAUUAUUGGCAGACAAAUUGAUCCACAUCAAGAGCGCCUUGAACGAAUUGGUCGAAGAAGAGGACUUGCAAGAGAAAAAGUUACAGUGA